AUGUCCGACGACAAAUUCGACGUGUAUUUCAGCAAUGGCGGAGACGGAGGCCUGUACAACUUAGAUUACGAAAUUAAUAAUUACCUUACAGUAGUCUCGAACUUACAAAAAAUGAAGAAGCUGCGUGAAAAGGUUAUUGGAGAGAUGGAAAAAGGUCGAGAAUCGACCGAGAAAUCGAAAGUGAACCUUUUUAAACAACUUGGUCCAUUGAUCAAUAACUGGAAGGGUCAAUACCCAGACCUUGGAAAACUUUUUCGUCGCGAACAGAUGGAUUGGCUUCUCACAAAGUAUGUUGAGUUUAUUGAAAUGAACAAAGCAAUAAAAACGAAUCUACUUAGUUUUGUGAUCGAGUGUGGAUAUAAAGACAAACUUGAUGUGGAUGAAGGCGGCAAGCCGCUACUGCAUCGAACUACACCACUGCAUCACGCGGCUAGGAGUAGUAAAAGUUACGUCAUCUCCGAUCUCUGCAAAAUAUACGACAGAUUUAAAGUAGACUAUAUCGACGAAGGUGGGUAUACACCUUUUCAUGUGGCUUGCAGGGAUGGCUGUUACGACGUCGUCGAGAAGUUCCUCGAACUCGGCCAAGAUCCCAAUUGCCCACUUCAGAAAUCAGUCGAUCCGCCGCUGCAUGGGGCUCUGUACAAUAACCAAAAGAACGUGGCCGAGUUGCUGCUGAACCACGGAGCUAACCCUAAUUUAGCCGAUGAAGAUGGAUGGACCCCUCUGCAUGUUAUUUGCUCGAGAGAAUGUGACGAUGACCUUGCAAAGCUAUUCUUCCAAAUGUGCGGCGACAAUAAUCAUCUAUUACAGGUCGACGCUCGAGAUAAGUUGGACAAUACACCUUUGCACUUAGCUGUGUGUAAUAACAAUAAGAAAGCAGCUAAAUUUCUACUGCAGAGAGGUGCCAACCCUAAUUUAGCCAAUAAAAAUGGAUAUACACCUCUGCAUGUUAUUUGCUCGAGAGAAUGUGACGAUGACCUUGCUGAGCUAUUCUUCCAGAUGUGCGAUGACAGUAAUCAUCCAUUACAGGUCGACGCUCGAGACAAGAACGGACAUACACCUUUGCACGUAGCUGUAUUCUAUAGCAAUAAGAAGGCAGCUAAAUUGCUACUGAAGAGAGGCGCCAAUCCGAAUGUGGCUGACGCGAAAGGACAGACGCCUCUGCACUUUAUCUGUAUGAACAAGACCGAUGCUGCUGAUUUAGCUGAGACACUAUUUCAAAUCUGUGACGAUAGACAUCAGCUGGUACGGGUUGAUAGAAAGGACAAGUCAGGUUGGACACCGCUUCAAUGGGCCGUCGCCAAUCUCCGUCCGAAUUUGGUAGAUGUACUUUUGGAUCAUGGUGCAAAACUUUCCAACUUUGUAUUUCCCACGAUGAAUCACUUUAACUUAGGAUUUGUGUUGAUGUUGGAUAAAACGGCGGUUCAUGCAAAAUUGAAAGUCGUUUUUGACCUUCGGGCCGUUGUCAAGUGCUUAGAAAAAAGAGGCUACAAGCUGAAACUAGAGGACCUGCAGACGAUCAAGAGAUUGUUGGAUGGGUAUGAAGUGUUCAAGAAAUUGCCAAAUCUCGACCAAUGUUGGUACGAUAAAGAGGAGUUUUCAAGUGAAGCGAAAAAUAUCGAAAUGAGUCCCAAUCAGUCUCUCUACGACCUUAUCCGUUCACCACCCGCAAAAGCCGAGGAGAUACUCGCAAAUGAAGACUAUUAUCACAGGCUCGUGUCUUCAACAAAAUGGUCGAAGCUUUCCGAAGAAUUUCGCAUUGCGAGUAUUGCGCAGUUGGGCGAGGUAAUGGCGAGGGGAUUUUUGUACAAGCGACGAGCAUUGGCAUCACUCGUGAAGCUGACGGGCAACAAGCUGCCGAUUCUUUGCUACGAAAUGAUCAUCGAGCCUCUGACGAACAAAGAUUUGUGGCAUAUUUAUUUGGCGUCUUCGAAUGAAAACAAGAGAUCUUUAUAA